AGCCGCGCCACAAAGGGCCCGCGCGCAGCCGCCGCCGCCGCCGCCGCCGCGCGAGGAGCCAGGAUGGUCCUGGUCCACGUCGGCUAUCUCGUGCUUCCAGUGUUUGGCUCUGUGCGAAACAGAGGUGCCCCCUUUCAAAGGUCUCAGCAUCCUCACGCUACCUCCUGCCGCCACUUCCACCUGGGCCCCCCGCAGCCGCAGCAGCUCGCUCCCGACUUCCCCCUGGCCCACCCCGUGCAGUCGCAACCGGGCCUCAGCACCCACAUGGCCCCGGCCCACCAGCACAGCGGCGCCCUGCACCAGUCGCUGACUCCGCUGCCCGCCCUGCAGUUCCAGGACGUCACAGGUCCCUCCUUCCUACCUCAGGCCCUGCACCAGCAAUACCUCCUGCAGCAGCAGCUCCUGGAAGCCCAGCACCGCAGGCUGGUCUCACACCCCAGGCGGAGUCAGGAGCGUGUGUCUGUUCACCCCCACCGCCUCCACCCCAGCUUCGACUUCGGCCACCAACUCCAGACACCUCAGCCCAGGUAUCUGGCUGAGGGCACUGACUGGGAUCUCAGUGUGGACGCCGGCUUGAGUCCUGCUCAGUUCCAGGUGCGGCCCAUCCCUCAGCACUAUCAGCAUUACCUAGCGACUCCUCGAAUGCACCACUUUCCCCGAAACUCCUCCUCCACGCAGAUGGUCGUCCAUGAAAUCCGAAACUACCCUUACCCUCAGCUUCACUUCCUUGCUCUCCAGGGACUGAACCCCAGCAGACACACGUCCGCUGUGCGGGAGAGCUAUGAGGAGCUGCUGCAGCUUGAGGACAGGUUGGGAAAUGUGACUCGGGGAGCUGUACAGAACACCAUUGAAAGGUUCACCUUCCCCCACAAGUACAAGAAGCGAAGACCCCAGGAUGGCAAGGGCAAGAAGGAGGAGGGGGAGGAGUCAGACACGGAUGAGAAAUGCACAAUCUGUCUGUCUCUGCUGGAAGAUGGAGAAGAUGUGAGGCGCCUACCCUGUAUGCAUCUCUUUCACCAACUCUGUGUGGACCAGUGGCUCGCCAUGAGCAAGAAAUGCCCCAUCUGCCGAGUGGACAUUGAGACACAACUGGGAGCCGACAGCUGAGGGAGGAAUUAGCCCAGUGGACGCCCCAUUUUCCUUCACCAGGUCCCCUCACGGCCAUAGCCCUUGCAGCCAAACUUUGCCUUCUGAGCCAUUUGAUGUAGAGGAAAAGCCUGCAAGCACAUUUUGUGGAAAGAGGAGCUGGUGGUAAUCGGGUUGGAGGAGAGGUGGGGGUGGGGGAGGGCCCACCCAUCCAGAGUGGUGACCACCCUGCCUGCUGUGCGGGAGGGAGGAGCUGGUGCCCGGAGCAGGGAGGGAGGGGGGCCCAUGCUGCUGAGACUCUCCACGUGAUCCUGCAGGUCUAGCUGAUAGCCCGGCCCCUCAAUCCUGUCCUUUGAAGGAUUGUAUAUAUACCUCUCGACCACGUAGAAACCAUGUAGGGGUCUCUAGCUAUUUCUGUGGAUGGCAGCCAGAGCAUGUUAGCUUCAGAAAAAUGUCGUGUGUGGUGCUCUAGUCAUCUGUGGUGGACAUGUCGCUAUUACCGAAUCCGCACCAAAUAUUUCUCAUUGAGUUUCUUGUUUUGGUGCCUGACCGAACCAACCAACGACAGCCCAAAUCUCCCCGUCUUUAUGAGAGAAAAAGAAAAAGGACUCAAAGGUGAAAAAAAAAAAAAAAAAAAAAGCCAAAUCCUGUUUACGGUGAAAAAGAAUGUUUUUUUUUUUCUUUUCACCCCAGGUUGAGAGGCGGGAGGGGGGUUCUCGUUUUUUUUCUUCUUUUUUUUUUUUGGUUUUUGUUGUUUUUUUUUUAUUGGCUUUUGUUUUGCUCAUGUUUACAGUGCACGGAGCGUGGAAGGGGGCAUCUGAGAAAAGGGGGAGGAAGGGGGCUUAGAUGCUCCUCUGAGGGGUUCAGCCUGGGUUGGGAAGGCAGCAUUUGAGUAGGUGAAGGGGAGAAUUUGUCUUGAAGGGGGGCUCCCCAGUUUCAGAGCCCAUCUCCUUAGCUCCAGCCAUCCUCCCUCCCCUGGUUCCACACUGAACCAGGAGGGCUCAGCCUUGGGCUUAGCCUUGCUUCAGUUCCUUGGAGCCAGGACAGCCCUGCUCAUGCCAGCUUCUUCCUUUCGGCUGUGCUCAUACCCUGUUACGGAGAGGCAAUCUGGCCACUGCCUCCCUAAUGCAAAAAAUUACCCAGAUGCUAACGAUAAAGUAACAUAGGUGAUGGCCACUCGGUCUUGGCCAAAGUGCUCUCAGCUAGCAUGUACAGGCUGAGGCUAAACACUUUGAGGAGGACCUUGAGCUCCCUUUGGGAUGUCUCAAGCCCUGAUGGAGUCCCUCAGAGAUAGCCCUAGCCCUGAGACCAGCCUGGCUGGGUGGGGAAGGCUUUGUGUUCCUAGCGUCGAGCUCUCUCUCUGACACUUUGAUAACCUUGGGUGAGUCCCUUUCUUUCUCUGUGCCUCAGUGUCCUUCUCACGGUGGGGAGAAACAACAGCCCAUCCCCACUUCCACUUCCUCUACCUCACCUAGACCUUGUGAGGAUUAAAACACUAUCUGCCGGACACAUUCUGUGGUCUCUCCUGGGAACCUCCUUGAGGGGUUGGGGGUGGUGGAAGACGAAACCUACAAGUUCUAAGGGACACCGUAGAGCCUGUCUUUUCUGAACCACCCCACGAUUUCUCUGCACCUCAAAACGGAGCAGAGAGAUGGGAGAACAGCAGAAUGGAGACGGGAAAGUCCACCGAAUUCCAACCCCAACCCAACUCUCUUUGUCCAUUUGUGGAAGACACCAGCUCAGCUGGAAUUCUGCUCUCUUCCUUUGCCCCUCCUGCUUGCUCCUCCUCCCUCAUUUGCACGGCCCUCAAAGCCUCCCCUUCCCCUUCUUGCCCCAGUCUCAAUGCCCUUAUGUCAAUAAGAGAAAACUAAGGGGGACAGGAUACUUGGCACAUAUAGGGAAAGAUUCCGCCAGGUUAAGAAAAUUUGUGUCUGCAUUGCUGCUACAAAGGGGAAAACCAGAACCAAUGGGUAAAAAUGAUCAGGAGGCAGAUUUUGGUUUGAGGUAGAACCUUCCAGCCCACGCAUAGCUAUCAGGUGGAGGGGUGGCUGCUCAGGACACCUGCAGGCAGAGGGUGGGGGUCACAGCUUCUGGUAGGAAGGUUUCUCAAGGAUCUCACUCAGGCCAAGGCCAUCUUUACUGAAUGCCAGUGCAGGUGCUGGCAGAGACAACAGCAAGAAAGACAGUAUUCCUGGCCUCCAGGAGCUUACAGGGUAGUUAGGAAGCCAGGGCAAUAGUGCCAACGGGGUGGUGAGUCUGAUUCAAGGUUAACAGCAAUGAGCACUAUACUGUCCAUCAAGUGAUUCCAGUGUGUAAACAACAUCUCCAGGGCUGAUGGCUGGAGAUCCCAUGAGUGGGAAAAUACUCAUAAGGAUUUCAAAGAGAGCUAAUUACCAGUAGUCCCAGGAAGCUGGGAACUCUCCCCACCUGGCUUUGACCCAGAGGGAGGCAGGGUGGUCUAGGGAAGCCAGGUCCCUGAUAGGUCUCAGUUCUUUGUUCGCUCCCUGGCUGGUUUCAAAGGCCAGCAGAUGGGGAUCAGUGGGGAGGCCAGAGGGAUUGAAUCUAGUGUCUGAGUUCCGUUGUCGUUCUCAUCUUGGCUCUUCACUGACAAAGUGGCAGAGCUAGAACCUCCCUCCUUCUCUCUGGGCCUCGGUUUCCUCAGCUGCACACAAGGAGUUGGACUGGACGCUUGUUAAACUUCCUUCCAACACUCACAUUCUCUGAUCCUCCCUAACGUCAACACAUUUUUCAAGUCAGGAGAGCCGCAUGCCCACGGAGCUGUUGACAAAGACUUGCCUGUGGGCACCAACAUCUCCAUCAUAGGCUGAGUGGGAGGGCUCCCCUCCCCCCAGUUCACUGCAGGCUCCCUGAGUGCCCCAGGCUAACAUCAGGCAGUGACUGGGGUGGGGGUUACCCAGAGGGGAGAGAUCUACUGACUUUUGGGAUAGAUCCUGGAGCCUCCCCGCCAUUUCUCUGGGGGCCGUCCUACCUUGCAGGUGGGCACCUCCCAGCCCUGGGCUUCCUCUGCCUGCAGUCAGGCCUGAUGAGAAGAGAAGAGAGGGGUCUUUGCUUCUCCUCCCUCGAAGCCCCCUCCUGGCAUCUUCCUGGAGCCUGGGAAGCGUGGAGAAGAAGCAGGCUUGGGCCUCAGCAUCUCACACCCACCACCUCCGGGAGGGGAGACCCCAGGUCGUCCUCUUUUUGCUCAACUCCAGGGACUCAGACCCUUUCUUGACUGAGACGCAUGAGUGCCUUCUGGGCCGAGAGCUGCCCCAGGGUUCCAGUUGGGCCUCCAGCCGCAGCCGCAGUCGCAGCGGGUCGCCAGGGACGCCAAUCCAAGACACCCAGGCCACCUGGCGCGGCGGGGGCGGGGCCCGGGGCUCCUCCUCCAGCCGGACCCCGCCCAGCCCUCGCCCCCCCAGUCCUUGGCGGGACUCAAGCUCCUCUUCUGCAAAUAUUUCCAGCCUCCGUGCAAGUAUUCUUAACUCUUUACGCCUAAUAAACAAGCACAGUUUUUUCAAUGGUGAAGAAAAAGCACCAGAUUUUUUUUUUUUUUCCUGAAGAAAUCCCCCAAGCCCCCCGCCUGCCGGCGGGACAGACACUCCCCGCGCGGGGCUGUAGCAACGUCUGUCAGGUUCCCCCCACCUCGUGUUUCAUCUCCUGCGCGCGCGUAGAGCAAAUGCUAGAGCGAUUUCAGCUGAUAGAAAAACAAAAACGAAAAAAAAAAAAACACAAAAAACAAAAAACAUGGCACGUUGCUAGUUUACAGGGUUUUGUGAGUUUAAAUGCCUUAUAUUUAACAAUCAUAAUUUAUGACUAACUUGUAGAUAUCGUGGGUUCUUAUUUAAUUAUUUUUAUAGUUGUUUUGCAUUUUUAAUUAUAAUUUAUUUAUUUAGAAAGGAUACUAAUUUUUUUUAUUCCUCCUAUUACCUCAUUUUGGCGUUGUUUCUGGGAGUGGAAUGCUUUGCAUGCAUUGGUACGAUGACAAACAACUACGAAUACAAAAAAAAAAUUUAAAUAAAAUUCCGCGAACUUUAUUUCGUCCAGACUAUCAGGGUGUGUGAUUGCAAGCUGUCCUACUGUGGUGCUGGCCUCUUUGGGUACAUUCCAUACGAAAUGCAAACCUUUGAUUCUGUAUGCUGUGAUCUAGUGAAAAAACUCCAAUAUAGUGACUGUAUUUAGCACAUAUAUAAAUAUAAUUUGCACUUGUCAGCAGACUGGGGUAAGCCUUUCACUUGCUAUCCUUGCCCCUCCCCCCAACCCUCCACCGUGAAUCUGUUUUUCCUCCUCCCCAUUCCCACAACCUCAGCCCUCCCUGCACCCCCAUCUUCCUAGGAAGGUCUGGGGCGCUAGAGGUCACUUGCUCCCCCUGGGCUGCAAACCUCUCUGACUCCAGAAUUGGGCCCUUUGGACAUUCAUUAGCAUCAGGGGUAUCUGAGAGCCCAAAGCCUGAUUUAUUUGGGGGGGGUGGGGCAUGGCCAGGGGGCAGGGCUUGGGGACGUGGUCAAGAGGCUUGGGUUUUCAGACCAGUUCUACAAACUUCCCUGUGACCUUGAGCAAGUCACUUCACCUCCCUGAGCCUCUGUUUUCUGGGCUGGGGUGAGGAAGGGGAACUGGGCGGGGGUGGGGUGGGUUCCCUAGGGUCCCUCAGACUAGAAUAGAAUAUGACAGAGCCGGUGGAACCCCCCAUGCUGGGUGUCUCAUCCUUCUAGGAGAGAAGAAAGGGAGAAUGGAGUGAAGGUGAGAAAGAGAGGAGAUGAAGCAGGGAGCAGAGAAUUUAUCCAGUGGAGUGGCUCAAAGGAGACCUCUGGAAGAGUCUGUCCUUUCAUCUGCAGCACCCUGCAGGGGACAGGGAAGCAAGACAGGUGGACACAGCCCUGGGCAGGGGACAUGUGCUUUCACAAGGUUUGAGAGUCAUUUGGAGAGUGAGCUGAAAUCCGUAUCUUGUUAGAUGUGGGGAUGGGGUUGGCAGAAUAUAAGCCCCAAACCACGCGUUUGGGAUUAGCACCCCCAUCCCAUUGUCUCUGAGAGCCUUUGUUGUUGAGGCGAUGCCCUUGACUGCAGAUUGGGAUACGGCUUUGGACCCAUGUCUCUCCUCCCAGCAUCUCUCCUUUACCCUCAGCCAUUGCUCCAAGGGGGCUGUGGGCAGGAGGGGUAGCUGAGGAGGACUGGGGUGGGCCUCCAGGCUCACUGCCCCCAGGAGAAGUGGGCGAGGGGGUAGGGGGGUUGGAGAACCAGUAGUUUCAAAGCCUGACACAGCAGUGAGCACAGCCAGGCUGCUUUUGAGCCAAAAGGAGGGAGAUGGGUCCCUGUCCCCGGAGCAGCCUCUGAGCAGCUCACACUCUCUCAGCACGUCUGCCUCCUCCCUCCUCGCCUCCUCCCCUUUCUUUCCAGCUCACCCUUCCCUCUGGCCUCUAGACAUCACUGCCUUUGCCUGAUGGAGAAACCCGCCCUCCACAGGAGCCCCCCUCUCCAGGAUGGUGCUGAAUGGGGAGGGAGCAGAGGCCCAGGUUAGCCGCACUGCCUGGCUGGGCUUAUAAGAGUGGCUGGGUCUUGCCGGGUCCUUAGACCCCACCAUUGCUCCGGCUGGACCAUGGGUCCUAUUCCCUGGACUCCCUGCCUGCUUCCCUCCCGGCUUCCCCUUGGCCCCACUCCGGAGCCAGGCUAACCUGCUUUCUGUGGAGGCAGCCCGUGGAGUUGCCCACUGAGGCACCAUAGCCACACUGCCGGGCCUGGCAGACACUGCCCCUCGGCUCCUGGACGGACACACCUUUUGCUGCUCUGUGGGGUCAGAGUGGGAAGUAGUGCCCAUUGACCUGGCUGGCCUGCCCCCCACCCCUCCUCACCCCAUCUUUCCCUCUCCCAAGCCCCACCCCUGGCCUUGGCCCUGGCUCAUUUCUCAGCUCUGGAGCCAGUGACACCAGGCCCUUGAGGGGGUAAUUUGGUUGCCCCUGGUAAGUGAAAGGAUUAUCCUCAGUGUUGAUUGUCCUUUUUUGUAAGCCUCCUGCUGUUCUGUUCUGUUGUGCUGUGCAACAUUUUGCUACAUAGACUAUUUUAUAGCAGAAAAGCUAGAAGAAUAUUUAUUAUGACUAUUAAAGCAAUAGUGCAUCAAUGAAAAAGCGGAGACAUUAGGAAUUGUGUAAAUGCUUAGAUUCACUUUUGGUGGAUUUUUUGUACUUUAUUUAUAACUAAUAAAAAUGAACUGCAUUGCUAAC